CAUAAUGCAUUUGGGUGCCGCUGCUCCUGCAUUCACAUCCGCUCGCCUCGCUAUCAGCGCUGGAGAAAGGACUUUGAGAAACUGCGGCGAUGUCAGUCCAGGUUGUGGCAGCGAAAAUGGCAGAGGUCGAACUCAAAGACGUCUCCGCCGGCAAAGCCCUGCCGGCCGAGUCCCCGGUGACGCCGACCUCGGAGGAGAAGACCCUCGCCAGAAACGAGCCGCAGAAGGAGGCCGGUUCCUCCGCCGCAGCCGCUACGUCUCCCACCGCGGAGCCCUCCGCGAAAGCCGGGGAAGGCAGCCGGGGCUUGCUCACCCCGAGCGCCGCCAAGAUGCCACAGGCGUCCGCUUUGAAGCACUCGGACCCGCAGCAGAACGGCGGGGACGCUUUCGUGAACCGUGACGGCACGGUCGCCGAGGCUCCGCGGAUGAAAAAGAUCCAGUUUGCAGACCAGAAACAGGAGUUCAACAAGCGCCCGUCUAAGAUCGGCCGGCGCUCUCUGUCCCGCUCCAUCUCCCAGUCCUCCACCGACAGCUACAGCUCAGCGGCGUCGUACACCGACAGCUCCGACGAUGAGACCUCACCCCGGGACAAACAGCAGAAGAACUCCAAAGGCAACGGAGAUUUCUGCAUCAAAAACAUCAAGCAGGCCGACUUCGGGCGCAGAGAGAUCGAGAUCGCAGAGCAAGAGAUGCCAGCACUGAUGGCGCUGAGGAAGCGAGCUCAGGGGGAGAAACCCCUCGCCGGUGCCAAGGUGGUGGGCUGCACACACAUCACCGCGCAGACCGCUGUGCUGAUGGAGACUCUGUCAGCUCUGGGCGCUCAGUGCAGGUGGGCAGCCUGCAACAUCUACUCCACCCAGAAUGAAGUGGCUGCAGCUCUGGCAGAAGGAGGUUUCAGCGUGUUCGCCUGGAAGGGUGAGUCAGAGGAUGACUUCUGGUGGUGCAUCGACCGCUGCGUCAACGUGGAAGGCUGGCAACCCAACAUGAUCCUGGAUGACGGUGGAGACCUGACGCACUGGAUUUAUAAAAAGUACCCCAACAUGUUCAAGAAGAUCAAGGGCAUCGUAGAGGAGAGUGUUACUGGUGUCCACAGGUUGUACCAACUGUCCAAGGCGGGGAAGCUGUGUGUUCCAGCCAUGAACGUCAACGACUCUGUUACCAAGCAAAAGUUCGACAACCUUUACUGCUGCAGAGAAUCCAUCUUAGACGGCUUGAAGAGGACCACUGAUGUGAUGUUUGGAGGCAAACAGGUGGUGGUGUGUGGAUAUGGAGAGGUUGGAAAAGGUUGCUGCGCUGCCCUCAAAGCCAUGGGCUCCAUCGUCUACGUCACAGAGAUCGACCCCAUCUGUGCCUUGCAGGCCUGCAUGGAUGGCUUCAGACUGGUGAAACUCAACGAAGUCAUCAGACAAGUGGACAUCGUCAUCACCUGCACAGGUAAUAAGAACGUUGUGGUGAGAGAGCACCUGGACCGCAUGAAGAACGGCUGCAUUGUCUGCAACAUGGGGCACUCCAACACCGAGAUCGAUGUGGCCAGCCUGCGGACCCCUGAACUAACCUGGGAGAGGGUUCGCUCACAGGUGGACCACAUCAUCUGGCCGGAUGCCAAGAGGAUAGUCCUGCUGGCAGAGGGCCGUCUGCUGAACCUCAGCUGCUCCACUGUGCCCACGUUUGUGCUCUCCAUCACUGCCACGACCCAGGCUCUGGCCCUGAUAGAACUCUACAACGCCCCCGAGGGACGGUACAAGCAGGAUGUUUAUCUGCUGCCCAAGAAAAUGGAUGAGUAUGUGGCCAGCCUACAUCUCCCUACGUUUGACGCGCAUCUCACAGAGUUGACUGAUGAGCAGGCCAAGUACCUGGGCUUGAACAAGAACGGGCCCUUUAAGCCAAACUACUAUAGGUAUUAAACCAUUGAGUUGAAUGAGGAAAUAUCAGUUCUCCAUGAAUCGCACAGACUCAGAGGGAGAAGAGGAGGACAGGGGGGAAGGAAGGAUAGACGGCAUAGUGAAAACAUCUGCUUUACAUCUGGAGCAAAGAAGAAGCCCUAACUUUUCCUGUUUCCUUCUUUAUUUUAUUCCCACCCGCCCACAGUAAUAAUUGUUUUAAUAAAACGAAUAAUCACUCUCGCUCCUCGUCAAACAAGAGUUGUUUUACUUUCUCCCUCAUCUCUCUAGAUGCGUCGAGUUGUCUGUUAGUGCUCUAUCCUCCCCCCACGCUGCCAGAAUUUUGAUUCUUUAUCUCUUAAAAAGAUGAAACGAAGACUCUGUAAGCAAAACUUUGAUUGUUUUUCUUUUUUUUUUAAAGGUGUGCAAAUGAAGAUUUAGUCAUGGACAGUUCUUCCCUUUUUUUGCUAUUAUUUUUUUCUCCCUCAUCGUCUUUUGUUUUCUACCCUUUGAUUUUCAGGGUUUUUUUUUCAAAAAACAAAACAAAAAUAGGGCGGGUUGCAGGUCUUGUGUGAGGGCCUCAGGGGUCCAAUCAUAUCUUGUAUUUUAAUGCUUUUUUUCCCCCAUUUGUAUAAACAUAACUGGAUGUUGACUUGCUCUCCUCACCCGUCUCUUAAACCCACAGUGAAACCAUCUCUUUGGCUGCUCUUUUGGUCUCCAGCUGCUCAAAACACACCAGUGUUGAAGUCACAACAAGUAUUUAAUCAUUUUCGUUUUUAUUUUUCUUUGUCCUUUUCUUUAACGAGAAAGACUAUACUGUAGUAGAAGCAUGGCAGAUUGUCAAAUCAUUACAAAGGUAUACUGUAUAUUUAGAUAUUUAUAUAGAAUUUAAGAUUUUUCUAUCUCUCCAUCUAAUCUUUCAUUUUUGACCGAAUCGUCGUGUCGCACAGAGAAGCAACUAAAUGUUCUAACCAUCUGUAAUAAAUGUACUCAAACCCUCAUUCUGAAUACUGUGACAGAGUAUUUACAUAGCAUGAAGCAGUUUGUUGCAGGUACUCCAUAAAAAAGUAUGGUGCUUGUUUUUUUUUUUUUUUGUACUUGCCAUACACAUUGAACAGGUUAAGGGUACUGAAAUGUGUCAAUUACUCGCCAACUUUCUGACUGACGAUUGUUUUUAUCCUAAUCACAGAAGCACAUUCAUCUUCAUGUUUGGAGAUCAGAUUUUGCGAUGACUUUCCAUCCACUAUUGAAGGACUUUUUUUCUUUUAUUAUUGUGUAAUAAGAUGCAAUCACUAUUAACAUCUCAUCUGCACAGGCCUCAAUGCUUAACCAGAUGUAAACCCAAACCAGUGUCGCUAUACUAUGUAAUAUAAAAAAAAAUCCAUCAUGCAUCCCCUCCAGAUUUUUUGACACCCCAAGUAAAGCUACGACCUGAAGCCUUAAAUUAAUCUUUCAUUUCUUUAAAAAAAUUUUUUCCCUUGAUCAGUGUUUAAAUACCUUUUUUUCAAUCCUAAAAUACGACUUCCUGUUCCGCUGCUGUAUAAAAAUGAUAUAGCACAGAUGACCAUUUCCAGUUUCCUGUGAACAUUUCCACAUCUUCUUCCAUGACACAACAGAUUGAAAGCAAGAAAUGCAUUCGUACUUCCUGUUAUCUUCUGUAAUUCGUACUCUUUUGCAGACUAAAUUAAGAGCAGACGUCUUCCUUUCAAAGGCGCUUCUUGCAGUUUGUUUUUUUUUGCAUCUCCCAACUUCAUUUGAAACACUUACACUGAAACUAAUCUUCUUUCGGUAACAACUUCAACACCGAAGACUAUUGUCAACUUGUAACAAUGGUAUGUUGCGUUCAUUGGUCAGGUUAAUGAUUUAAUUUUUGAGUUUCUGACCACCAAAGUUGAAUCCAAUCGUUCUGAAAAUGUGUUUGAUUCUAAUCAACAGCCAGUUUGUCUGCAUCUCAAGUGAACAUCAGUGCAAUUAGUGAGUUAGAAGCGGAGGCGAUGUCACACUGUGCGAGUUAAAGCAAAGUAGCGUCAAAAAGUACUACAUUCUUAAAAUCAGUGAAUUAAAAUUAAUCAUUUUGUCUCCAUGAGUAUUAAAGAAUGUAUUCCCUUACCUUUAGUCUAAAAUUUCACAAAUCCACUAUAAUGGCAGAAAUAGACUGAAAGGAUAAAACAGAAAUGGUACCACAUUUGGUUUAGCCUUCCCAUUAUCCGCUUUAAGUCUCUCUUGCUCUCACAGCCUGAAUAAAUUUAGACUCAUCUCCUUUUCAGGAACUCUUUACACUUCACUCACAUUGAAAACGCCUAACUUUCCUCCUUCAGUAACGACGUCUGCACUGAAGGGUGUUGCUGGUACCACGGCUUGCACUUAAUAUGGUGUACGACAUGCAAACGCCGUGAGGUCAGCGCGUCUUUACUUUAGGCUUUUUGUUUGCAUCUUUACCCAGGGUGUCAGUGCUUUGUAUGGAACCAUAAUCAGCCGAUGUUUAUCCCAACCAGAAAGCAUUUCAUACUGUGAUGCGCAUUUCAAGCUUAUUUUUCCAACUCGGCGUUUGAAAGAGUUUUUUUUUUUGUUUUUUUUAACUCUUCACCCAUCUACAAUUUAUCUCUGACUUUCAUUCAAAACGUUAAUAUCAAAAAGAGUUGAAUGGUGGCCCAAAAGAAGUGUGUAGUAUAAAAAUCUGUUCCUCCAUUCUGUGUCACAGUCGGUGUCUGUGUGUCCUCGUCUCCUUGUGCUGUUGAAUCUCCACACAGGAUUGUGUGACCCAUUGUCUUAAGGCCUAUUUUUUCCCCCCUUUAAUUCUGUAAAUGUGUGCUAAUGAAUGAUGUGCGUAUGCGUGUGUGUUUGUCCAUGUCUUUUAUGUUUUUAUUUCUGUCUCGCAGGCCGUAGUUAUUUUUUAACAGCUGCCUCAGGAUCCUGACCUGCGGGUUUAGGGAGGAGAACUGUUUUAAUAUACGGUUAACUGGACGAGGGAAGACACCAGCAUUGUUUAUGUGUAUACAAACUAUAUACAGAUCUGACAAAAAAAAAAAUGUAGGUGUAUAGGAAGGUGUAAAGAAGUCUCCUGUAUUUAUUGAUGUAAAUCCUCAUACAGUACAAACUGGCUAAAUUCUCAGUCAUGCUUUAAGUUGUCAAAAACAAAAAAAAAUCUGAAGUGAUCAUGUUAGAAGAUGAGCAAUAAUCUGUAAUAUUAAUGAAUAAAACUGUAAAAAGUGGAA